AGUGGGCGAUAAAACAAACAUGGAGACGGAUCCUGAGCUUGCGGAACUAAUAGAUCCAUCAGAGUAUGGGAUUUUUGACACGAUACUCCACUACAGUCUUCUUUUGGGAGCAGUUUUUCAAUUAUUCUGUAUACUUGCAGUAGUAUUUUACGCACCUUCAGAAAACGUAAGAAACUAAAAAACUUAUUCUAGUCGGUCAGAUAAUAAACAAUAUAAAAUAUUUUCAGGAUGAUCACCCUAACGAAAUCGAAGAACCUAAUGGUGUGAAAGAAACUCCCAAAUCUCAAGGAUCUCUACAAAGUGCUAAAAAGCAAAAGCUAAACGAAAAGAAGAAAAGAAAAUAGAUGCUAACGCAACAUUUUUAUAAAGAAUCUCUUACAAAAUUUACAUUUUCCUUUGUUAAUUUUUUAAAUAUCAUUAAAAACUACACGUUACACUGAUAACUAGAUAGCUAAUUUUCAGUAUUCUAAUACAGUCAUAAUUAGAUUCAAAAAUCUGGAAUCUUUUCCUUUUACAGUAAAAAAAGGAGAAGUUAUCAAACAAAAAAUCAAUGGGCGCAACAACAAAUACAGAUGGCGCACUAGUCUAGUGAAAUGAACGUCAAUUCUUUAUCGACAAUUAGGGGUCGAUCGCAUUAACAAAAAAAAUGAGUGUCAAUUUAAAAAGAAAACUAUUGGAAAGUGAUAGAAUAUUAUUAUAAAUUCGUGGAAAUUAACAACUACGACCUAAAACCUUUGGCUGUAAGGACAGUUGGCGCUGGGAACAAGACCAAAACGAUCUAUGAAGGAUUUUCCACGAACGAUUUCAAUGAAAAAAUUAUUAAUUACUGUUCAUAAUUUAAUGAAAUCGAUGUAGAACAUUUAUUUAUUUAGUGGCUAUUAUGCAUAGCGCAACUGUAUGCGGUCUUGUAAAAAACUACUAGAGAAAAACAUUAUGGAGAAGGUACGUGGAAAAAGGAAACAGAUUAAAGGGGAACACGUUAUGAAGAAUUUUUUAUUAACAAAUAUUUUUGGCGGUUGGUAUUAUUGUUUGGCAGGUUUGUUAAUCGCUUGUUUUAUCCCGAUUGCGAUUUUGCAACCGAAAUCUGUGGAUAAUCGAUUGGAUGCUAAAGAUGAAAAAUCUUUGCCGUCUUAUGGAUCUAUGACCCAAAACGAGUCAUUAUUUAAAGCAUAUAGCCUUGAUAAUAAUCUUGUGGCGAGAGAGAGGGAAGAAAAUUUGAGAAAGUAUAGCUACAAAUAUGGAAAAAUCGAUAGAAGGAGCAAAUUGAGUUUAAAAGAGUUCUAUGAUGUCUAUGAUGGAAAAUGGCCAGUAUUGAUAACGGAUGUUGUACCAAACUGGAAAGCUUUCAACUGGACAGCCGACUUUUUUAUGAAUCAUUAUGGAAAAGAAAGAGUAGCUAUGAAAGCUGUUGACGGCACGCUGGAGAAAGCUAUUAGUUUGGCACUGCCUUUUGAAUUAUUCAUACAGCACACAAAGCAUGGAUUUGCUAACUCUUGGACCUAUCUUGAGGACGAACUCUUCAUACCUAUGAGACCAAAUUUAAAGAGAGAUAUCGGUUCUUGUCCUUAUAUGGAUGAGGAUUUCUUUCAAAUCUUUCCGGAAGAUGUUCGUCCCUGGAAUGCAAUGUUAUUGUGGGGGACUGCUUUUUCAAGAUCUUCUUUACAUAUCGACCCCUACAAUUGGACUGGUACGAAUGCUGUAAUUUUUGGUAGGAAAAGAUGGCGGCUAUAUCCACCCGGACAAGAUCAUUUAUUGAAUGUUAUUCCUGAAAAAUUUUCGAAUUUUCCUUUAGACUGCCGAAAAUAUAAUAGCCCUAUUGAUACGCAUGAUAAGACGGAUAAGGGAAAUUUGAAAGCUAGUAAAGCUGACGUUAUUGAAUUUGAUCAACUACCAGGAGAGAUUCUCUUCAUUCCUACUGGUUGGUUUCAUCAGGCUUUCAACGUUGAAGAAACAUUGGCUAUUUCAAGCCAAGUUAUGAAUAGGAACAAUUAUAGAGUGGUACUUGAAGAGAUAUUAAAGGUCGACACUAUCGACCGGAAGAGCUUACCACCAGAGAUUGAUUCUUUACAACCGGAAGAGCAAGUUAAGUUAAUUAUGGAUAAUUUACCGCAAAAAGUACUAGAAAGAGGUCGUCAAGUAACUGAAGAUGUUGUUAAACAAAUUAAACAAACAAGGCAAGAUAGUCAUUAUACAUUGAACUAA